CUCCGCAACGGAAAUGUGACUUCUUCCGCUCGUCAACAUCCGCCAACUGACAGACCGAUCCACAGGCAAAAUGCCGACUCCACCAGCGGCUCUCAUGAUGGCGCAGGCAGAUGCCAUCAGCCGCAAAAUUGGCCACAUGCACACCGGACGCAAGAAACGACGCUUUGAUGAGAAGAUGUCGCUCGAUAACGACCUGGAUAGAGAUUCCGACACGAACGAUGGCGAAACGGACAACGAGGACUGGGCGGAGCUCGGUCUCGAGACGAUGCGGGAGGCCACGUUGUCCGCUCGCAGCGCCUCGACCGAGAAUUACCGCAAGCGCUCCCUUCCGCAUACUGGCCGCCACGCCGCUCGGACUGGCACAGGAAGUCUGAGAACUCAUGCGCCGAAAGCCCCAACCCCUUCAAAUCACAAAGAUGAACGCAUGAGGCAAAGGCCGCACCUCGGAGGAGAUGGAAUUGCCAUAUCUACACGGUCAGAGAACAAUUCCAGCGCGAGUAGAGAGCUCCAACAACCAGCUAGCAACAACCCAUCGUCCGAAGGCCCACCUGUGCAGAUCGUUUUCGGCAGCUCAUCAGUUCAACCCACUGCGGAUGCCGCUCAACCCACGCCAAUGGAUGUUGAAGUUGACACCAUGAAUCGCGUAGAGUCUCGCUUCACUCGAUCUGCAGAAAUAGACGCGGAGAUUGCAGCAAUCACAACAUCUGAUCUGCCAAUCGAGCUUUCGCUGCAGUGGCCUUAUAUCAAAGAACCAGACGUGAGCAAGAUGUCCUGCCUUUCGGGUGCGCCAGCAGAAACAGUAUUUCACUAUCAACAGGAAGCCCUGCGUGUGUACUACAGUGAAAACACAUUUGAAUGCAUCUUCCACACACCGUUGAUCAAGUUCCUACGCCAGUUGCCCAGAGAGUACUUGAGAUCUCUGGAGCCAGGAUCAGUCCGACUCUCCAGCAAGCUAAGUCACAUGGGAUUCGUGCACCGAGCACUGCAAGACUUGAAUGCACGCAAUGCAGAAGGGCUUCGCCGGGACGUAGCACUCGUUCCAAUCACUGUCGAGGGAGAAGCGGACGAUGUCUGGAUCAGCUGGAACAAUGUCGAUGACUACGAUGGCAUACGUGGCGGCUGGGCUGCAGGUCAAGGCAAAGCAGCCAAGAGAAGAAGGCAUCCUGCUGGCACACACAUCGAACGUGAGGACGACGAGCUUUACACGUAGCCAGGUAUCAGAUGCUCUUGUUGUUUGUGUCGGAGUCAGGCCACUCGUCACGGAGAAGCCACAGUCAAACUAUUGGGCCGCCAUGGAGAGACUUGUAUUCUGUAUCACUAAUACGCUUACAGGCGGAUAGCUUCUACGCACCGUUACCUGCACUUUUCGUGGCUUGCAGCAGGCGUGCGU